ACUGGUCUCGUCAUGGCGGCUCCAAAUCCUUCUGCUACUAUGGCGGCGGCGGCGGCGGCCACGCCGGGGAGGGCUUGGUGGCGGACGGUUGCUCCCUCGUCUGUCUCGACUGCGACCUCGGCUGUGGGCUGCUUCCGCGUAGUGGGGUCCAAGAGCCUCACAGGACUUCAAAUGACAAGCACCCGUGCGAACAAAGUCAGUACAGUUCAUGUGAAAAGCGGAGAGGCAGAAGGAAGUCCAAGCACUGAGAGCAUCACCCAGGACGAGGAAACUCUGCAGCGUGACUUAGAGAUAGCGAUCAAGGAAGAAGACUAUGCCCAAGCCGCAAAGCUAAGGGAUGAGCUGCGAGUUCUCCAGGAAGACAGCAGGUCCGCUAUCUUGGCAGCGAAUACACGGUUCUACAAUGCUUUCAAGAACGGUGAUCUCGUUACGAUGCAUUCGACCUGGGCGAAGGGCGACCAUGUGUAUGUCGUUCAUCCUUCGGCAGGCCGGAUAUCGGGCUACGACAUGGUGAUGCAGAGCUGGGAGAUGGUAUGCGAUGCCGACUAUGAGUUUCCUCUCCAGAUUGAUCUGCAGGACGUUGAGGUCCAUGUGAGGGGUGAUCUUGGCUACGUGACCUGCCUGGAGCUGGUUAAGACCAAAGGGAGCAGCAGCUGGGGAAGGCAGGUUGCGACCAAUGUCUUUGAGAAGGUUGAUGGCAAGUGGUUCAUGUGCAUCCACCAUGCCUCUCACUUCGAUGAGUGAGGUUGAUUCUGGACGAGGAAGAGGAUUACCUGCAAGUUCAGCUAAGCUAUUUGCAGGAGGUUUUGCGGUACAGGCUUGGACAUAUACUUUUGUUGUGUAAGGUCCUUGAUUUGUGAUCUUUUUGUUGUUACUCAUUUUGUACCAUACUGCCAUCGAAUGAUGCU